GGCAAUAAUAAACUAAAGCAGCCUUCGAUUCGCUCGGAAUCGCACAAACAAGCAACCAAAAAUGACCGAAAUAAGUGAUAAAUAAGAUGACAACUGUUUCGAUAGACUCGUUUAAUUGGAGAAUGAAAAGUUAAAAUGGACGGACUGGCUGUUUUAUGUCUCCUCCUUCCCAUGAUCAUAACGAACUGUUUUGGAGAGGAUUUAACUUAUGUCUCUGGAUACUACUCCAAAACACCACAGAAGUUGUCGAAAUACAGCUGGUACGGGAACGUUCGACUGUACCAUUUCAGAGUGCCUGAAGAUACGGUGCUGGUCCGUUGGCUGUUAACUGUGACUAAAGGAUCAGGGUCGAACUGUGGAAACCAUAAUAUUACAAUUCACUUCCGUUCAGGUGCCCCUCCGGUUAUAAAUCCCAUAGAGACAGAAUUUGCGAACAAUACAGCCUUCGUACCUGCGCAGAAUCUGACUCUGUCGAUAAACAACGGGCAAAAUAUCACCCUCUUCAAUGUCUCCAACCCUGCACCCGGAGAUUGGUUUGUGGCUGCACAUCUCCCAAAAGAUGAUGGGAAAAUCGAGCACAAGGGCUUCUCCUCCUCGUGUUCCUACUUCUUCCAGCCUCAGAUGUUUGUGAGGAGAGUUGUUGACAUGCCCAUCCUGGAGUCAAAAGCUCCUCUGCCUCAGUCCGUUACUUCCCCCGACAAACCAGCCGUUCUCAAGAUUUUUGUCCCAGAGUACACAUCUGAUCUGACCAUCCGGAUCACAGGCUGUGUCACAGAGGACGUCAUGGCGACGGAUUGCCCACUCCUGCUGACCCUUGGCUCUGCUUCACUCGGAGACGCCUCAGUAAGAACCGUCAACUGCACUGGGAGGGCAUCUUGCGCCACCACGCUUCGCAUCCCGCCGUGGGAUUCCUGGGUCCGCAUCACUGUGGAGAGCAUCUACGUCAACGUGACCACAACCUUCACAAUCUCUGCUAAUAGCACAGUGGGCUGUAAACCUAAAAGUGUUGGCUUGACGGGAGACUUCUUCACCAGGCUUAGUGCCAACGGCAGCAGUGUGCUGGGAGGCAACCUCUCAGUACCAGUGGGGAACACGAGUGCCCUCGGGAACAGUUCACUGAGCCCAGACUUACUUAGCAACACCUGUGUGCACAACCAACCGGUGUUUAAAGAGGAACUGGAUGUGGUGUCUGUGCGCUUUGCAGUGAUCAAUGGGCCCAACAUCACUGUCUCCUCCGUGGCUCCAACUCUUCUCCUCCUCAACCUCAACUCCUUCACUGACAGUGGUGGGACCCUCAACCUAGACCUUAAACUUAACCAGACAAAUAUGACUCAUGGGAAUUCCAGUGUGUUUGCUUGCCUGACAGCCAGGUCACCUGUUCUGGCGCUGAACAGUACCCAGACGUGCACAACAGCUUUCUCUCAGGGCUACGACCUCAGUCUGAAUGUAACUGCGCCCCAGGCUGCCCUGCGAAUCCCUUUUCCUGAGGCUGCUGUGUGGUACCUCUCCCUACAGAUGGUGUGCCCUGGAAAUGCCAGCGACUGCGGAAAUGUGUCUGCCACGGUGAUGGCAUCCGUGUACCUCAGCGCCUGCAUCGAUGACUGUGGGACAUACGGAGAGUGCAGGCUGCUCCGAUCUUACAGCUACCUCUAUGCUGCCUGUGUCUGCAAAGCCGGUUGGCGUGGCUGGAGCUGUACAGACAACAUGACUGCACAGACCUAUGGUCGGCAGAUGGCGGCAGCCCUCCUGCUCACCCUCAGUAACCUGCUAUUCAUCCCACCCAUCGUAGUGGCGGUUUAUCGCUGCUACAUCGUGGAGGCCUCCGUCUAUCUCUUCACCAUGUUCUUCUCUACGUUUUACCACGCUUGUGACCAGCCAGGCGUGACGGUGCUGUGUAUCAUGGAUUAUGACACGCUCCAGUACUGUGACUUCCUGGGCUCCGUCUCCUCGAUCUGGGUCACGAUCCUCUGCAUGUCCCGGGUCAAGGACACCUUUAAAUAUAUGCUGUUCAUGCUGGGCACUCUGAUCAUCGCCAUGUCAAUGCAGCUGGAUCGCAGGGGCCUGUGGAACAUGCUGGGCCCCAUUCUGUGCGCUGUGCUAGCCAUGGUGGCAGCCUGGGUGUACAGAGGGGUGAAGCGCCGGCAGUGUUACCCCACCACCUGGAAGCGCUGGGUGUUCUACCUAAUCCCUGGCCUGGCCACUGCCAUCAUUGGCCUGUCGGUGUACGUGUUCACCGAGACGGACGACAACUACUACUACACACAUAGCAUCUGGCACGUGAUGGUGGCCAGCAGCGUGGUGUUCCUGCUGCCACCCCGGGACCGGCGCCAGGAGCCUUGGGGGUGGUCCCAGAAGCUGUGUGGCUACCAGAUCUGCAAGAAUGAGAAGGAGGAGCUCUACACAGUCACUUAGAGGCCUGGAGAUGCAGCCUUCCUUUCCUUGAAUUACCAUAAACCCCUGUCAGCAUCCUUGUGACGGGGGCACUUUCCUCACAGAGAGGUUCAGUGAGUUUUAUUUACAGCAUGUGUUCAGGUCUGUGAUUUUCUAGCCCUAAGAUAAAUUGAUACUCUAAAGUGCAAUUUCGCCUUUGAUGAUCUAAAAUGUGUGUUUGAUUAAUUUCAGGCAGGCACAGUUUAUAUUUUAAAGUUUCCAAGAUGUGUUAUGUGUAUAGAAUUGAUAACACUAACACCUGCAUUAUAUUGUAGAAGACAACAGAGGACAGCUGUUAUGGGACAGUCUCAAAAUUAGUUGCUAUUUUACUAUGCAAAAUUACACUAUUUUCUACAGGUACAUUUGCAAUACAUUUUUUUGCCAAAUUAUGUGACUUCUGAAGCACCUUAAUUAAGUCUGCCAAAUUGAAAUAUUAUUUGAACAUUGAAUAUUAUUGUCAUUAUAUCAGAUAACAGAAUUAACAUAUUUCUGAAAAGCUCUUAACUAAUAAAAAAAUGUAUAUUUACAAGUAAUCUUUUUUUAUAAAUAAGACCAGCCACGGUUCAUAGAAAAGGAAAGUUGCAUCUCACUGUCCCAAAAAAUAUGUAUAUAUUUUAGAUUUAGAAUGAAAAGCAAUGCAAUGUAUCAAUGAGAUAUUUAUAAUCUGAAAUUUUUUAAUGUUUUUUUUGUUUUUCUUCUGAAAGAUAACUAUCAAGACUUGAAUAUCUUAAGCACUUUUCUAAACCUGUUUCAUGGAUCUGUCUGUAGUCUUAUGGGUAUACAAGGGAUACAUUUUACUACUCAUUUGGGAUAUAUUCAUUAGAGCCCGACCGAUAAAUCGGCAUGCUGAUAUUAUCGGCCAAUAUGAGCUAAUUUCAGAUAAAUCAGUAUCGGCGUUUAUAACAGCCGAUAAAAGACAAUUAAAAAAGAAACGGAGAGACAGAAGAUGGAUCCUUCAACCAUGUUAUGAGUUUU